ACAGGUUUUAAGAUUUUAUGAAAUUAAAUCUAUACACAUUUUAACAAUUUGGCAACAUUAAAAUCGACGAAUUCAAGAGAAUAAAGGAACCAAGAGAGAGAGAGAGAGUUGAACAUCGAUUUGUGUAUCCCUAUUUUGGUGGCAAAGACGAACCAUGAGACACGCUCAAUUCUUGGCACGCACCGUGCUUGUCCAAAAUAACAAUGUGGAAGAAGCUUGUCGGCUUCUGAAUCGUGUUCUGGGUAAGGAGGAGAUCUUUGACCAAUUCCGUCGCACACGUUACUAUGAGAAGCCAUAUCAAGUUAGACGUCGUGUCAACUUUGAAAAGUGUAAAGCGAUUUACAAUGAAGACAUGAAUCGCAAAAUCCAAUUUGUACUACGGAAAAAUCGCGAAGAUCCAUUCCCAGGUUGCAGUUGAACAGUUGAAGGGACACCCACUCAACAUCUAUUGUGAAUUAUUAGUGUUUAUUUGUUAUCAAUGUAAUUUAAACUUCAAUCUAUAAAUUAGAUAAAUAAAAAACAAUAAUAUUGAAA